AACUGACUCUCGUUUCCUCCGCGAAACUUUUAUUUAUACCUGCAACUUGUACGUCGGAAAGGGGAAGUAAAAGCUGCAGAUAGCCGACAUUACAAGUGGACAGAGGUGGCCUGUGUCUCUUUCUGUCUCUCAGGUGGACACAUUUUUCAGUCUGGUGCCCGCGCGGAGCCCCGAGCGAGAAACGUGAUGGAGGCAUCUGAUGAAGAAGAGUUGGUCAGGGAUGCUGACCAGCUUGUAGCACCUCCUAAUGGCGGCGUAAACGAACUGCUGGAUGUGGGGCAAGAAGACCACAUGCAGGGCGAGAUGGAGGAGUUUCUGGGCCCGCAGGCAGAGUACAAUGAGGAGGAGGAGGAGAGGAAGUACUACAGGAGGAAGAGGCUGGGAGUCAUCAAGAAUGUUCUUGCAGCCAGUGUUGGAGCCAUGAUUGUGUACAGUGUGUACAUGGGCCUACUGCAGAUGCAGCUGAUCCUCCAUUAUGAUAUGACCUACCGUGAGGUGAAAUACAGCAACCUAGGCCUGGAGGACAUCGACCGCAAGAUGCUGAUGGGCAUCAACGUCACGCCCAUCAUAGGCCUGCUGUACACCCCCAUACUUAUCAGGUUUCUCGGUACUAAGUGGAUGAUGUUCCUGGCUUCGGGAAUCUACGCACUCUUUGUCUCAACCAAUUACUGGGAGCGUUACUACACCUUGGUCCCAUCAGCCGUAGCUAUCGGCGUGACCAUUGUGCCGCUCUGGGCCUCCUUGGGAAACUAUAUCACCAGGAUGGCGCAGCAGUACUACGAGUACGUCAACUACAAAGAAGAGCACGUGCAGGAGCAGAAGAAGCUUCCUAAGGGAGCGUGCCACAGCUACAUCAUCGUCUUCCAGUCAGUCUUCAACAUCAUCUUCCAUCUGAGUUUUGUCUUUGCGGAGUUCCCCAUGCGUUUCAUCCUCAAUGGCUACCUGCAUAAGAACGACCACAUUCUCUGCAAUGUGAAAGCCUGCGGAGCAAAUAUCAGUGGCGUGAUCCCCGGCUUCAACACCACUGUGCUGACCAACCUGCCUCGCUCCAUGCUGCUCAUCCAGGUGGAGAGUGUCCUCAUGGGCUUCGCCUUCCUCGCCAUGAUCAUCUUCCUUUUGCUGUGUGGUGCUGCCUACCGCCCGACAGAAGAAAUCGACCUUCGCAGUAUCGGCUGGGGAAACAUCUUCCAGCUGCCUUUCAAACACCUGAGAGACUACCGCCUGCGGCUGCUUUGCCCCUUCUUCAUCUACAGUGGAUUUGAAGUGCUGUUUGCCGUCACCGGAUUCUCCUUGUCCUAUGGCGUCUGCGUUCUGGGCCUGGAAAAACUGUGGCUCCUUAUAGUCGUCUAUGGCCUCUCCUGCUCUGUCUUUUCCUCCCUCUCCCUUUGCCUCCUACGCUUCCCACGCUGGCUGUGUCUGGUGGGGGGCGCUGCUGUGCAUGGGGUGCUGCUGGUGGUUCUCCUGGCAUGGUCUCUACCUUCUAAUAAACCAGAGUAUCUGGGCCCUCUGCUGGUGGUCUCUGUGCUGUGGGGACUCGGCACCGCCCUGAACAAGACUGGCGUCAGCAUUCUGCUCGGUAUGCUGUAUGCUGAGGAAAAAGAACGUCUGGACUUUGUCUACACCAUCUAUCACUGGUGGCAGGCCAUCGCCAUAUUCAUAGUUUACCUCUGGUCCAACCUGCCUAUGAGGGCCAAACUCUCCAUCCUGUUGGCCAUUUUAUUGCUGGCCUGCUACUGUUAUUGGGUGAUGGAGCGUCGGCUGGCCAGGAAAGUGCCUUUCAGACUGCCUCGCAUCCCUCGCCCACGGCACAAGGUCAAAGGCUACCGCUACCUGGAAGAGGACAACUCAGAUGAGUCAGACUCUGAGAGAAGUGAGGAGGAUGAGAACAGGGAGGAUGAAGAGCAUGUGGCGGAGGAGAUGGGAGCAGAGGACAGGGAGGAAGGAGGCCAAGGCGCAGUGGUCCAGGAAGCUGACUCACCUGGAGCCAGGAGGAGAGGGGCAGAGGGUCACCGCCGCAGACGGGAGGACGCCCAUGUGAAGGAGGGAGAGAGGGAGGAGCGUGAGGGAGGAUGAGAGAGGAGAAAAAGGAGUAGAAAUGAGGGGAGAUGGUUGACAGAUGACAGAUAUACAGAAGAGGAAGAGAGUUAGAGAUGCGCUGGAUGCUGUUGUGUUCAUGACCCCAUUCAUGUUUUUACAGAUAUUUAUUCUUGGUGUUUUUCUUACAUACUACACUAAACAAAAGCAUUUUCUUUUUUUUGCAAAAGCUUUAAUUGAAAAGCUAUAAUGACAACAGUGAUCCAGAAGGGUACAAAAACUGGGAAUACUAUAUUGCUAUUUAACAAUAGGUAUGGCAAUCUUAGCAGGUAGCACACAUUGGAUAAAACACGACUACAACUCAAUACAACAAGAAUACUUUUGUUUGGCUUCUGCUGCAGUUUGUGGCUCCUAUUUCCCGAAUGUGCCGAUAAUUACAGAGGGCAUUGCAGUUGCUUUUGUGCUUCAUCAAGAAGAAAACAUAUUCUGUGACAUAUAAACUGGUUUCGUGUUAUAAGAGUACUUAUCUGAAAAGAAAUAACUAAAAGUGACAGAAAAAGAAAUGAGGAAUUGAUUUUCUAAGUUCAUCCUCAGGGUGGAGUGCGUUUUGAUGGAGUCAUUUUUAGAGAGCCCGGUCCUGCUGGAUGUGAACAGGGUUUACCUUCAACCCCUUUUCUUAGAGAAAACAAGCUAACUCAAGCUGUUAUCAGAAGCUCAGACACGUGUCUGUUGCCUGAUGUAUCUCUUGGCAGGAGUUAAACAUGCUUUUUUGCAGAAGUUGAAUAUGAAUAUGAAUGUAUAGAUAUAUAUGUAUAACACAAUAUGUAACAGGCACCAGCGGUCAGUCAUGUAUGACCAAUGCCCAUAAGGUAUGCAUUUUGGUAAAUGGUGUCCUCAGGGAUAUUAUAAUUACUAAUAAGUGGACUCUCUCCAUUGUUUUUAAUAAAGUGAUCUACAACACAACAAUAAACAAGAUUCUACAGCCAUGCUAGCAGCUCUACAAGGAGCCGUGAUGUCAGCUAAAUACUCACAUUGUUAGCAUGCUAAUGUCAGCAUGCUAACAUGCUAACAGUUUCAAUGGUAACAUGCUGACGUUUAGCAGGUAUAAUGUUUAUUAUGUUCACCAUCUUAGUAUAGCUUGUUAGCAUUCUGACAUUUGCUAAAUGGCACUAAACACAAAGUACAGCUGAGGCUGAUGGGAAUGUCCUUAGUUUUGCAGAUAUUUGGUCAUAAACCAAAGUAUUGGACAAACUGAAAUUUUAACCUAAUGGUGCUAGAUGACACUAGAAAGUCAGGGGAUCACCAAAGUUAUUAAAAUGUAUUUUGAGGUGGACAUGAAUGUCUGUGCCAUUUCAUAGUUGUGCAGACAUUUCACUCAAACCUACAAAUGUCAACCUGCUGGUGGCGCUAGAGGAAAAUUCAGAGAAUCACCAAAGUCAUUAGGAUUCAUCACCUGGGGACCAUGAAUGUCUGUACAAAAUUUCAUAGCAAUCUACCCAAUAUGUGUUGAGAUAUUUCAGUCUGGACGGACCAACAUUGCAAUCCAUUGAAACUGCACACAUAUCAGACUGUCCGCAUGCCCUUAGAAAUCCUGUAAAAUACUGUACUGUAAAAUUUUUAUUAAUUUAAGGCCUCAAAAAGUAUUAAAAGGCCUUCCAUACAGUUAUUAGAGAUCUUACGUUGUCAUGAUGUGAAAACAGCUUUGUUUGUGCUGAAUUUUUCACUGAAUACAUUUUGACAUGUCAGCAGGAAAAGCACAGGUAUUAAUAAUAAAAUAAAUGAUGGCUGAAUUCCUGCUGUGGGAGGAAGGAAUAAAAUCCACAUUCUCUAGGAUAUUUAGCUUUUUGUCCUACUUGAUGUUGCACUUAUGAAGUUAAUUUAUGUAACUGACGUACACAGUGUGACACUUUGUUGCUGUGGUCACAGGAAUAAACUUUGUAUGUCUCUCUUGAUUACACCUGUACAUUUAACUAAAGAUUGUGUUGGAAGUUCA